CUGCCCUCGCCGCGGUUGUGGGUUGGGCGCCCGGGUGGCAGGCUCGCACUUCCGCCCGCGGCCGGCUGUUGGGCCAAGGCAUGGAGGUGGGCUAGGGGCUGUCGCGAAGCUGAGCGGGAAAUGUUCUUUUGAGGCCAAAGACUGGGUAUAUAUGAAUGCAAAUGCUCAUUCACAAAUAAGCCCAGCAAUCUCGAUUGAGAGGAUCACUUUUCUGUAGGCCAUUUGCCCAGGUGCAGAAUGACCACAUGUUGUUGGUGUACGCCAGGUGGUGUUUCCACCAUUGACUUCUUAAAGAGCUAUGUGUCUAAGACCCAGUCCAGUGAAUUUCAAACAGCUGAUGAAGACCUCUGCUACUGCUUAGAGUGUGUGACUGAAUACCACAAAGCAAGAGAUGAAUUACCAUUCUUGCAUGAGGUUUUAUGGGAAUUAGAAACCUCACGUCUCAUAAAUCACUUUGAAAAAUCCAUGAAGGCAGAAAUUGGAGAUGAUGAUGAAUUAUACAUAGUAGACAACAAUGGAGAGGCACAAUUGUUUGACUUUACUGGCCAAGACUUUGAAAAUAAGCUUCGAGUUCCUCUUCUUGAAAUACUCAAAUAUCCUUACCUGCUUCUACAUGAACGUGUUAAUGAAUUAUGUGUUGAAGCACUUUGUCGGAUGGAACAAGCCAAUUGCUCCUUUCAGGUGUUUGACAAACAUCCAGGGAUCUAUUUGUUCUUGGUCCAUCCCAAUGAAAUGGUUCGACGCUGGGCUAUCCUGACUGCAAGAAACUUGGGAAAAGUCGACAGAGAUGAUUAUUAUGACUUACAAGAUGUUUUAACUUGCCUUUUUAAAGUCAUUGAGUUGGGACUUUUAGAAAGUCCAGACAUUUAUACUUCUUCUGUCCUUGAGAAGGGUAAACUGAUUCUUCUGCCCUCACACAUGUAUGAUACUGCGAACUACAAAAACUAUUGGUUAGGUAUUUGCAUGUUGUUGACCAUUCUUGAGGAGCAAGCCAUGGAUUCUCUGUUGUUGGGCUCAGACAAACAAAAUGAUUUUAUGCAGUCAAUACUUCACACCAUGGAGAGGCAAUCAGACGAUGAUAGUGUGGAUCCUUUCUGGCCAGCAUUACAUUGUUUCAUGGUGAUUCUGGAUCGCUUGGGAUCCAAGGUCUGGGGUCAGCUUAUUGACCCCAUUGAGGCAUUGCAAACCAUUAUCAACAACGUGAGCUACAAUCGAGAGAUCCAACACAUACGGAACAGUUCUGUGAGGACCAAGUUAGAACCAGAAUCAUAUUUGGAUGAUAUGGUGACUUGCAGCCAGAUUGUAUACAAUUUUAAUCCUGAAAAGACCAAAAAGGAUUCUGGAUGGAGAUCAGCCAUUUGCCCAGAUUAUUGUCCUAACAUGUAUGAAGAAAUGGAAACUUUAGCCAGUGUACUUCAGUCAGAUAUUGGUCAAGACAUGCGUGUUCAUAACAGCACAUUUUUGUGGUUCAUACCUUUUGUUCAGUCCCUCAUGGAUCUUAAGGAUUUGGGUGUGGCUUACAUAGCAGAGGUUAUUCAUCAUCUGCACUCUGAAGUCAAAGAUGUCCUCAACCAAACAGAUGCUGUGUGUGACAAAGUCACUGAAUUUUUUCUUCUAAUUUUGGUAUCAGUGAUUGAACUGCAUAGAAAUAAAAAAUGUUUGCACUUGCUAUGGAUUAGUUCCCAGCAAUGGGUGGAAGUCGUCGUAAAAUGUGCCAAGCUUCCUACCACAUCAUUUGCACGGAGUUCUGAGAAGUCAUCUGGAAAUUGCUCCAAAGGAACGGCAAUGAUAUCAUCACUGUCGUUGCAUUCAAUGCCAUCUAACUCUGUACAGCUUGCUUGUGUGCAGCUGAUUAGAAGUCUCCUUAAAGAAGGUUAUCAGCUUGGACAGCAAACUAUUUGUAAGCGAUUUUGGGAUAAGCUUAACUUAUUCCUUCGGGGAAAUUUAUCUCUAGGUUGGCAGUUGACUAGUCAGGAAACCCAUGAGUUACAAACUUGUUUAAAGCAAAUUAUUAGAAACAUAAAAUCAAAAGUACCUCCAUGUAGCACUUUAGUGGAUCUGACUCCUGCAUGUAAAACCCCUCCUGCAUCUUAUAAUAAAGAAGAAAGUGAACAAAUAGGGAAGAAGUCUGUAAAAGACAUACAUUGUCUAGAAAACUCCAGCCCAACAUUUUCUAAAGAUCUGAUGAAAGCUGACAUAUAUCAAGUACCAGAAAGUAUAUCGAUCAAAACAAGUAACACUGUAGAAGAAGAGGAUAAUGAGCAAAAUUAUAUGAAGGAUUUGAAAUUAGAAGACCAUUGGUCAGCUGAGUCAUGCUUAAAGCAGGAUAGUAAAAGCCUUUUUAUUGAGAAAGCCCAGGAUCAAAUUAAAAUAAGUACAAGGAAGCAGAAGUCUGUAAAAGAAAACUCCUCAUAUACCCCAAAGAAUUGUACUUCAAGAAAUGGUCCACAAAGGGGAAGUGACAGAGAAAUAAUAUCACCACAUUUGUUGACUGAUUGUAGCACUGAGUCUCUGGAAAAAGUGUCCGCAUCAAAUGCAGAUUUCUCUUCCAAGGAUGAUGUUCUUGGUAAAAUCUCAAAACCAAAAACUAAGACACAGAAGAAAGAUGAAAUCUGUGCAAAGUUAUCACACGUAAUAAAGAAGCAACAUGGGAAAAGAACUUUGGUCCAUAAUGCUAUUAAUUUAGAGGAAAACCUAACUGCAUCUAACACUGAGAGUUUCUAUUCAGGGAAAGAUACAGAAGUUCAGAAAGGGGAUGGCUUUAUACACAAUCUGUCUUCAGACCCUAAUGGCAUUCUAGAUGAUAAUAAAAAUGGAGAACAAAAAUCUCAAAAUAGCUUAUUACUGAAAAAGAAGCAAAUAAAGAAUGAAGAGUUAGAUAUUUUCUCUUCCCUUGAAAACAAUUAUAAAAUACAGGAACGUCCUCUUGAUCAAGAUGUGGUCUCAUUUAGAGAAAUGACCGAUACUUUAGUGAAGAAAAUGUCUCUUUUUAAAGCUCCUGUGACUGUAGUUGAAUCGAGAGAGAAGGAAAUGAGUAAGAGUACUCUGGUUUCUUCUAACUUGACAAUAGAACAGGCUCCUGGCAUCAGUCCUAAGUCUGAAACCUUAACAGAUUCUCAGAUAGACAGAGACCUCCACAAGUUAUCUUUAAUGGCUCAAGCCAGUGUUACUAAGUUUCCAUCAGAUUCAACUCAAAAAAGCUCAUCCCAGCUCCAAAGAAAAGUAAAAGAAGAAAAAAGAUGUUUCACAGCUAACCAAAAUAAUGUUGGAGACACUGGCUGUGGACAGGUUAUUAUUAUUUCAGAUUCUGAUGAUGAAGAUGAAGGAAUUCUGGGUGAUCAGAAACACAUGAAACAGGACAAAACAUGCAUGAAGAAAGAAUGUCCAGAGCAGCAUGUUUCAGUAGUUACUAGUAAUGUAGAAAAGAAGCCAAUAAAGAAAGAACAAACACAGUCUCUUCCGCAGUUUGAGGAUUCAGAUUCUCAGUUUUUUGAGUUUGAAAGUCCAUCUGAAGUGUUUUCAGUUUGGCAGGAUCAUAAACUAGACAGUUCACUUCAAGAGGAUGAAAAAAAUUCAUGUUUGACUCACAUGACUGCUACCACAAAUAUUUGGGAUGAUGAUGACACAGAUUAUGCAUCUGAAGAGGUUACUAAAAAAGCAGAAGGCAUUGAAGGCCACACAGAAGCACAUAGUAGUAGUAUUUCUGUUGAGGAAUUUCGUGAAACUGAAGGGAAAAAACCUAAGAGAAAACGAUUUACAAAAAAAUCAAUGGCUGAAGAUCCUCUAAGCCCUUCAUCUUCUGUCAGAAGUGAGGACCAGUCUCUCAUUAAUAAGAGAGAGAUUCCUGAAAAUGAUUUUAAAAAAAGUAUAGACUUAAAGACUACAACACCCAAUUCAAGUAUUCAGAGAGCCACAACGGUUUCCCCAAGGAAGUCUCCAAAGCAUCGUACUUGUCCAGAACCCAUUAGGAAAGUCCCACUUUCUAAAACCCCUAAGAAAGCACAUUCAGAUACCAGAAAAGGACAGAGUAAAAAUUCAAAUUACAUACGUUGUAGGACAUCUCCUGCGAUAGUGCCACCAAAGAAAUUUCGCCAGUGUCCUGAGCCAACCUCAACAGCUGAGAAACUUGGUCUGAAAAAGGCUCCUCGUAAGGCAUUUGACUUGUCCCAGCGAUCUUUAGAAUCUUUAGUUCAAUUACGUGAUCAUGGCAAAACUGUUGGAGUAGUUGAUACCGGAAAAAAAACUAAAUUAAUUCCUGCUCAGACUCUUUCUGUCAAAAAUAAUAAGAAACUCCUAACCAGUCAAGAUCUUCAGUUGCAAAGGCAGAAAAGACACAAAUCACAACAAAAUAGACAAGGGCUCUUUGAUUAUGGAAGUACAGGUGCUACAAGAGCAGGGCCACAUACAGCACAGAAUUCUGACACAUUUGUACCAGAAUCUGAUAGACCAAAUUAUAAUUAUACAGGAGGAACUAAGGUACUUGCCAACAGUAAUGGAAAACAGUUAAUAAAAUGCAUGUCUUCUGAACCAGAAACCACAAAAGCAAAAUAUGUUUCUCAGGCAACUGAUGAUGCUUGUCUUUUGAACCAGCGUGAUUCUGUGGUGUUAAAUGGAAUACCAACAAAUGAAAUAAUAGUCUCUACUUUAGAGGACCCUUUAGCAGGAGGUGAUCCAAUAGUACAUCCUGUAGAGGUGGCAACUUUGAAAGAGGGAGAUUCUGAAUCCAGCAGUGAUAUAGAGGAAGAUAAUAUAUUUUUAACACAAAAUGACCCUGAAGAUAUGGAUUUGUGUUCACAAAUGGAGAAUGAUAAUGUUAAACUCAUUGAAGUAGUUCAUGGAAAAGAUACAGUUCAGGUAGAAGUUUCUGUAAGUUGGCCUCAGUUGGAAUCGUUGAGUGGCACAAAGUGUAAGUACAAAAAUUGUGUUGAAACCAUGAAAAACCAGAGUGAAUACUGCUCAAAGCACUCUGAAGCUAAAGCAGCAGAUGAAGAUGUAUUUCGUAAACCUGCCCUUCCUCUUUCUGCCUCUAAACCUUCAAGACCUUCCACUGCUAAGAUUUUUAGCUCAAGAAGUACUUCACGAAUUGCUAAUCUUUCCAGAUCUUUGGAAAAUACUACAGCACUUCCACCAGCUCUAAAAACUAAGCCAAAUGGGGUACAAUCUAUUUUGAAAGUACCGCAGGCAGCUCCCAUAGUGUCUCAGAAGCCAAUGGGGGAAAUGAAGAGUUUGUGCAAUGUUCUUCAUCCUCAGACUCCAAAUAAUUCUAACAGGCAAGGUUACAAACUUCUGUUUGGUGAGAACAAAUCUUUUUCAACUUCCUCUCCAGUAAACAUUCUGUUAUCAUCACAGUCUAUCUCUGACACCUUUGUUAAAGAGGUCUUAAAAUGGAAGUAUGAAAUGUUUUUGAACUUUGAUCAGUGUGGGCCCCCUGCAAGUCUUUGUCAGUCCAUCUCAAGACCUGUGCCUGUCAGAUUUCAAGAUUGUGGAGAUUAUUUUAAUGUCUUUUUCCCUUUGAUGAUAUUGAAUACUUUUGAAACAGUGGCUCAGGAAUGGCUCAGCUCUCCAAAUAAAGAGAAUUUUUAUCAGUUGCACUUACGAAAAUUUCCUGCUGAUUAUAAAAAAUGCUGGGAGUUUGUGGUUUAUCUGGAGGAAUGUGAACUGGCUAAACAGCUACAUCCAAAGGAAAAUGAUUUGGUGUUUUUGGUUCCUGAGAGACAGAAUGGAGAGAAGAAAGAUACAGAGAGAGAUUGCAUGCGGGAUCUCCAUGAAUAUCAUUGUGGUUAUGUUCACAAGUUUCGACGCACUUCAGUCAUGCGUAAUGGGAAGUCUGAGUGUUCCCUUUCCAUCCAGACUCAAGAUAACUUGCCAGCCAAUGUAAAUGAGCUUGUGAAGUGCAUUGUAAUCAGUUCUCUGGUAACUACACAAAGGAAGUUGAAAGCCAUGUCUCUCUUGAGUGGUCGGAACCAGCUGGCUAGAGCUGUUCUAAAUCCAAACCCCAUGGACUUCUGCACAAAAGAUUUACUGACUACAACGUCUGAGAGAAUUAUUGCCUACUUAAGAGAUUUUAAUGAAGACCAAAAGAAAGCGAUAGAAACUGCAUAUGCCAUGGUGAAACAAUCACCAUCAGUUGCCAAAAUCUGCCUAAUUCAUGGACCACCUGGAACAGGAAAGUCAAAAACUAUUGUUGGCCUCCUGUACCGCUUGCUGACAGAGAACCAGAGGAAGGGGCAUUCAGAUGAAAACUUCAAUGCCAAAAUCAAACAGAACCGUGUCCUUGUGUGUGCACCUUCCAAUGCAGCUGUGGAUGAGCUUAUGAAAAAAAUUAUCCUUGGAUUCAAAGAAAAGUGUAAAGACAAGAAGAAUCCUUUGGGAAACUGUGGAGAUAUAAAUUUAGUACGACUGGGUCCAGAAAAGUCUAUUAAUAAUGAGGUUCUAAAAUUCAGUUUGGACAGCCAAGUUAACCACAGAAUGAAAAAAGACUUACCUUCUCAUGUUCAGGAUAUGCAUAGAAAAAAGGAUUCUCUAGAUCAUCAGCUAGAUGAGCUUUCCCGUCAGCGAGCUUUAUGCCGAGGUGGACGGGAAAUACAGAGGCAAGAAUUAGAUGAAAAAAUUGCAAAAGUUUCUAAAGAAAGGCAGGAACUUGCUUCUAAAAUUAAGGAGGUUCAAGGACGUCCACAAAAAACACAGAGUAUCAUCAUCUUAGAGUCCCAUGUUAUCUGCUGCACAUUGAGCACAAGUGGUGGUUUACUACUAGAGUCUGCUUUUCGUGGGCAAGGGGGUGUUCCCUUCAGUUGUGUCAUUGUUGAUGAGGCUGGGCAGUCUUGUGAAGUUGAGACUCUUACUCCACUCAUCCAUCGCUGCAAUAAGCUUGUUCUGGUAGGAGAUCCUAAACAGCUCCCUCCCACAGUCAUUUCUAUGAAAGCACAGGAGUAUGGCUACGACCAAUCAAUGAUGGCUCGCUUCUACAAACUACUGGAAGAGAACGUAGAACACAACAUGAUCGGCAGACUGCCUAUUCUACAGCUUACUAUUCAGUAUAGGAUGCAUCCAGACAUAUGUCUCUUCCCUUCUAAUUAUAUUUAUAACAGAAGCUUGAAAACAAAUAGACUGACAGAAACCUAUCGAUGUUCAUCAGACUGGCCAUUUCAACCUUACCUUGUGUUUGAUGUCGGAGAUGGUUCAGAAAGACGGGAUAAUGACUCAUAUGUAAAUGUUCAAGAAAUAAAACUGGUGAUGGAAAUAAUUAAGCUUAUUAAAGACAAAAGAAGGGAUGUUACUUUUCGGAACAUUGGCAUAAUAACCCAUUACAAGGCCCAGAAGACAAUGAUUCAGAAGGAUUUGGACAAAGAGUUUGAUAGAAAAGGACCAGCGGAAGUAGAUACUGUGGAUGCUUUCCAGGGUCGUCAGAAGGAUUGUGUUAUUGUUACAUGUGUUAGAGCAAAUGCCAUGCAAGGCUCAAUUGGAUUCCUGGCAAGUUUGCAGAGGUUGAAUGUCACCAUUACACGAGCCAAGUACAGCCUCUUCAUCCUUGGACAUUUAAGGACCCUGAUGGAAAAUCAACAUUGGAAUCACCUGAUUCAGGAUGCUCAGAAGCGUGGCGCCAUUAUUAAGACCUGUGACAAAAACUAUAAACAUGAUGCGAUGAAGAUUCUGAAACUCAAGCCUGUACUUCAGAGAAGUCUGACUCAUCCCCCUACCAUAGCCCCAGAGGGGUCCAGACCACAGAGUGGCUUGCCCAGCAACAGUCUAGACAGUGGGUUUGUCUCUCCUCUACACCACACACCCCCUGACUGCGGUGAAGCUGCUAUUACUUCAAAGGAUCCUGAAAGGCCGCCCAUUCAGGACUUACUUCGGGACCCACGACUGCUCAGGAGGCUGGGUGCUGAUGCCAAUGGAAAAUUCCUAAGGGAUCCACAGUCCUCAAGCCCUCAGCAUCCUGGAACAACACCUCCUGCGGGAGAGCCGAGCUUUCCCGUCCCUCAGCAGGACCUGGGUAGUGUUGUGCCGCAGUCCACGGUGACUGCUCCGAGCAGCCACAAGCCUCACGUGCAAUGUGAACCUCCAGCUGCCAGUGCUGAUGCUUCCAGUAGUAAGAGAAAGUGUAGUGACCCGGAAGGGGGGCUCAGUCACAGGAGAGAGACCAGGACUCUCAGUGACGGGGAGCAGGAGAAGCAUGGCUCUAUGACCCAUCACACCAACAGGAACUCUGGCUGGGACAAGAAUAGACUAGAGAAGGAGGAGGACAGCAAUUGCAAGAAAAGAAAACUUUCAUAGUAAAGCCAAAUCGUGUAAACUUACGAUGACCAGCUAAUAGGACCAUCCAGAUAAGAUUAUUUUUUCCAUUAAGGAGUUUGUGUGCUGUUGGAAAACAUGGAAAAUGCAUCCUAACACCUGAGCCUCUGGCCAUCUUCAGUACUUUUUUUCAGAUGCAAAAGCUUUCAAAGGACAUCUGAGUAUCAGUAAUAAUGUCCUUGAAGUUAGAGACUCAAAAUGUUGAUUUCUUGUUCUUCUGUAGAAAAGGAGGUCAGACUGAAGUGAAUGUUGUAAAAGUUGAAAUGUAUAUUUGUAUAGCAAAUAACAAAAUCCUUUUAAAAUUUAAUCUAGUAGGCCACUUUUCUUUCCCAUGCUUAAAAUGUUAAUCAUUUUCAACAGAAAAAAAAAUUAUAUUUUAAAAAGGCAGGAGGAGGGCAGGUUCUUUCAACCAUUGUAUGAUAAGACAGAUUUCUUUUACAGCCUAGCUGAGUUAGUGCUAGUGGGUCAGAUGUCUCUAACUUAAGAAAGAAAAAAACUGGAGUUGCCAGUACCCAGGGGAAACUUUAAGAACAGUUACGUUAGGUAAAGUUCUGCUGAUGGACAUUUUUAGGUGCAGCACCUUGGCACAGGAUAUUAUAUUUUUGUGAUGAGUUAAUUUACCUAUUUUAGUGUACACAUGGUUCCCUAGCUAAAAUUCUUACUCUUCUUGAAAUAGAAGAAUAUGAAAUGAAAGAAUAAUGCUUGAACGACCAUUCAGAUGUCUCCAGCAUAUUGCAACCUUCGUGAGACCAGUGAGUGACAGGUAGUUGCCAAGUGCUAGAUGAGCGCUAGGCUGGCUUCGGAAGACUCACCUCAGUUUACAGAUUGCCAGACAAACUAGUUUUCAGGAGAGCUUGGGAAGUUGUAUGUUAAACACUUACUUCCUAAGGGAUUCUGAUCACCAGACAGCUUGGGAACCACUGGGGCAAGCCAAAUAGAGUGUGUCAAGCAGGAAAACACCCUAUUCAAAAUGGUGGGUAGCAAAGAGGAGUUUGGAACUAGGAAGAGAGUACAGUGGUGGACAGAUUUCCUCUGAUCUUCAGAAAUCAUCUGACUGAUGCAAAUAUACUGCUGUUGUAGAAUAUCAGUGGGUGUUUUCAGCUGCUAUUAGAGGUGAUUAUACUUUUGUGCAAGAAAAAAUGGCCACAAGACAAGGAAGGGGCUGCCUGAUUUUGUCCAGUUUUCCAAACAUCCACACGGAUGAAUUUGGAGUAUCUUAAACAUGUGAAUGUACAGUUGACAGCUAUAAUAACUAGUGGUUUGUAGUAAAUGCUGCGCAGCCCAUUAGCUAAUCGGGGCAGAAAAAUCCCCGAAGAUUAAUAUGCACUAUUUGGUAUGUUCUCUGUCUUCUGCUUUUUAAGCAAAAAGUUUUGUGUUAGAAAUUCUACUGAAGCAGGUUAUAAAGAGCUUUAACAAAACAACUUUUGGUUGCCAGAAGUUUAAACAUUCUAUUCAUUUCCUACCUGUGCCUCUCCCACUGGUGUCCAGAUACCUGACUGAUGUCAACUGAACACUCCUGAAACUCAGGGAGCAGGUGCCUUCUUAGAGUGCUUUGUCCCCAGAGUCAGACAGACCCUGCUUCCUACUGUGGGUGGAGAGAGUUUGUCUUUGGCCAUGCAGUGUAAGAAAGUGCAGGGUGGGGGUCAGGGGUGAGCCCCCACUCUGUCUGGGUCAAGGGCUCUAUAAGCCUCUUCCAUGUGCCUUUGGCAAGAAAUCUCAUUGUUACUUUAAGUUUACUUCCCUGUUAUCUUGGUAAAGUGCUCAGUUUAGCAUAGACUUGUAGUGGUGACCACUUAAGGAAUCUAAAACUCUAAGCUUUUAAAGAAGGCAUGACAAAAACAGUUGGGGUCAGGACUUCUCCCACUUUGCUCAUAUUAAUAUUAACAUAAAUUAAGAAAUAAGUUUUUCCAAAAAUGCAUAUUUUGCUGCUACACACUGAACAAUAUUAUUUCCAGUUAAAUUUGGUGCCUGUUCACACAUUGUGUCCAGCUGUUGGCUCAUCACUCACUCAGUCUGGAUGUACAGGAAUAGGAGAACCACACCGUCCUUUCCAACAGACCAGCCUGUGUCCUAUGACCACCUCUCCCAGCAGAAUGUAAACUUUGAAACUUUGUUAUUCCAGUUGGUAAAAGUAUUUGCAAGAAGCAUUUCAUGUGUAUCCUGUGGCCUUUCUUGAUGUGGCUGUCAUAGCCAUGUUGAAUGGCGGUUAAUCUUUCUGCAAGGCAAAAAGUAUGGCUCUUUGCUUUGUCCUUGCCAUGGCAUUAAAAGAAAGUGCCCUGUCUUCUUUCACUAUUAGUUAUUUCAACAUGAAUAUAUGCUACUUAAAGACUUGUUUUGCUUUUUUGUGUAUAAUCUGCCUUGAAUUUAUUGUACAGUUUGUUUAGUAGUUAUAUGUUUUUGUGAGUUAUCAGGAGCAAAUUUGGUAAGUACAUAUGAAUAACCUCCUGUAAAUGAAUUUUAUAACAAAAAUGUACUAAACUGUUUUCUAAAAUUGUACAGAUUAACAAUUUAUUGCUGUAGCUUUGACUCUAUACUGUGAAUUCAUAGCUGGGAUUUGGCAAAAAUAUAGCCCUGUUUUUGUAAAAACCUAAAUUUUAAGAGUAAAUGGCAGAAUUAAAAGCAGAAACAAGAAAACUGA